AAAAAAGAAAAAAAAAAAACCAGACAAAUGUGUUGCUCUGUUUGAGUCAUCUUUAAACAUGCUCUUUGAAUGAUGGAUCUCUCUGUUUUUUGCUUUCACUUUUGCAGUAAAGUCUGCUCUUUUAUUAUUAUACCUUUGUUCUAAAAGAUAUCUCUCUCAUACUUCUCUCUCUCUCUCUAUUCACUCUCAACUUCAAGCUUUCUCCUUUAUUCUAAUGGCGAUUAUCACAGAAGAAGAAGAGGAAACAAAAACCCUAAUCCCACCCAAGAAGAAAGUUCAAAACUUGAAACCAGAAUCAUCCAACCCUAAACCCCAAACUCAAAAUCCUUUCCCAUUUUGGUUCUACUCUACACUAAUCGUCUCACUCGCAACUCUCAUCUUCAUAUCUCUCUCUCUGUUCUCAUCUCACAACGAUCCAAGAUCUUGGUUCCUCUCACUCCCACCAGAUCUUCGUCAACAUUACUCAGAUGGAAGAACAAUCAAAGUCCAAGUAAACCCAGAUGAGUCACCAAUCGAAGUCUUUGUUGCUGAAUCAGGUUCGAUUUAUACAGAGAAUGUUGUAAUAGUUCAUGGGUUAGGUCUUAGUUCGUUUGGUUUUAAAGAAGUGAUUCAAUCUCUUGGAUCAAAAGGGUUUCAUGGUGUUGCUAUUGAUUUACCUGGAAAUGGAUUUUCAGAUAAGUCAAUGGUAGUGAUAGGUGGUGGAGAUAGAGAGAUUGGUUUUGUGGGUAGAGUUAAAGAAGUUUAUGGUUUGAUUCAAGAGAAAGGUGUGUUUUGGGCGUUUGAUCAGAUGGUUGAAACUGGUGAUUUGCCUUAUGAGGAGAUUAUAAAGAUUCAGAAUUCGAAAAGGAGAAGCUUGAAAGCUAUUGAGUUAGGUAGUGAAGAAACAGCUAGAGUUUUAGGUCAAGUGAUUGAUACUUUGGGUUUAGCUCCUGUGCAUUUGGUUCUUCAUGAUUCAGCUUUAGGUUUGGCUUCAAAUUGGGUUUCUGAGAAUUAUCCGAGUGUUCGAAGUAUAACUCUUAUUGACUCUAGUGUUAGUCCAGCUUUGCCGUUGUGGGUUUUGAAUUUACCGGGGGUUCGAGAGGUUUUGUUGGGGUUUUCGUUUGGUUUUCAGAAGCUAGUGAGUCUCCGGUGCUCAAAGGAGAUGACUUUAUCGGAAAUUGAAGCUCAUAGGAUACUUUUGAAGGGAAGAAAUGGGAGGGAAGCUGUUGUUGCUUCGUUGAAUAAGUUGAACCAUAGCUUUGACAUCGGACUAUGGGGGAAUUCAGAUGGGAUCAGUGGUAUUCCGAUGCAAGUGAUUUGGUCUAGAGAAGGGUCUAAAGAAUGGAGCGACGAGGGUCAAUGUGUAGUUAAGGCUCUUCCAAAAGCUAAGUUUGUCACACACUCAGGCAGCCGAUGGCCUCAGGAAAGCAAAUCUGGCGAGCUUGCAGAUUACAUUUCUGAAUUUGUCUCUCAGCUUCCAAGAUCCACUAGACGAGUUACCGAAGAACCUAUCCCGGAGAAUGUUCAGAAAGUGUUAGAAGAAGCAAAAACUGGUGGUGAGUCUGGUGACCAUGACCAUGGGCAUGCCCAUGCUGGUUACACGGAUGCUUAUGGUCUUGGUGAAGAAUGGACUUCUUGAUAUGCCUUUUGAGUUCUUGUUAUUUAUACUGUGUGUACCCUUUAAUUUUAUAAUUAUUUUGUGUUCUUUUCUUUUUGGGGUUUGAUGUUUGAGAUAUAUACUACACGAUAUGAAUCUGUGUGUGUGUUUUUUUGUGUGCUCGUAACAGAAGAAAUAUCAAAUGAGAUAAUUGAAGCCAAAGAAGUAGAGCCA